AAGAUGCCUCUUGACAUUCCUAGUGCGAAGGUCUCAAAGGCCAAAAGAAUAAAGAACUUUGGGCGAAUGCUAAGCAAUACUGAUACUGAUCUGCAUCUUCCUUAUAAUCGUGUGGAUGAUAGUGAAGUAAUCUUACCUGUUGCUUUUCGAGGGAGGCUGUACGAGCUCUUCAGCCAGAUCGAGAAGGAAUUCGAGGCGCUCUACACAGAGAACAUAGCACUGAAAGAAAAGAUCGAGGCUUUGAAUGAACAGCUAGAACGAGAGCCGAGCAGUUCAAUAGUCGACAGGCCCGACACAACAGAUGGUAAUGAGCAUCCCACCGGUAAAAUUAAAGGCAAAAGAGAAUCCAUUACAGCCAGCCAGUUGUCUGCCAAAAUCAAGAACACUUAUAAAUUAAAGGCAUCCACCAGUCGAAUAGUUUCUACUUUCAAGGCUCCAGCCCUCACCUGUCGACUAGCAAAGGAGUACCUGGGGCAUCGAGAUGGUGUUUGGGAAGUCAGUUGUCCCAGGCACUCGGCAUCUGUCUUGGCGACAGCCUCUGCAGAUCACACGGCUCGGAUCUGGGACAUCCAGAGUGGGAAGUGCAUCGUUCAGUACUGGGGCCACAAGGGGUCUGUGAACUCUGUCCGCUUCCAUCCCACCCAGGACUUGGUGGUGUCUGCCUCUGGGGACCAGACUGCACACGUGUGGCACACUUCCGCCCUUUCUGGAGAGAAUCUGAAAUGUCAUUCCUCAGAAGAAGAAGUUGAAUUCUCUGAAGAAGAUCAUGCAGACGAAGUAGACACAUCUCAGAACGUAACCAUUUUGAAAAAUGCAAAAGUGGAGUUGCAAGGUCACAUAGGUGUGGUGAUUGCUGCUGAUUGGCUAGCUGGUGGCGAUCAAGUGAUCACAGCAUCCUGGGACCGAACAGCUAACGUAUACGAUGUUCAGACGGGAGAACUAGUCACACAAUUAGUUGGACAUGAUCAAGAACUCACAAAUACCUGUACCCAUCCUACGCAACGGCUGGUAGUCACAUCUUCCAAAGACACCACAUUCCGGCUAUGGGACUUUAGAGAAGCUAUACAUUCAGUUAGUGUUUUUCAAGGACAUACAGACCCAGUCACGUCAGCAACAUUUGCAAGUGGUGAUAAAGUAGUAUCUGGUAGCGAUGAUCGAACUGUAAAAGUCUGGGAUUUGAAGAACAUGAGAUCACCUCUAACCACUAUUAGGCUCGAUUCUCCUGUUAAUAGGUUGGCUGUUUCUAAUCAACUUGUCAUAGCCAUUCCACAUGACAAUAGACAUGUGCGCUUAUUUGAUCUGAAUGGAGUGAGAUUGGCAAGGUUACCAAGAAGUAAUCGGCAGGGUCAUCGACGUAUGGUUUGCUCUGUGGCAUGGUUGGAUGAUGCCCAUUCCAAGCCAUGCAAUCUAUUUACAUGUGGCUUUGAUAGACUGGUAUUUGGAUGGCGUGUGGCAUUCCCUAAUAAAGAUGAUUCAAAAAUCGGCACAACUAAAGCUGGCUAGAAUCCAGUACAGUCAUGAAAUUGAGGGCAUUUUCUUACUGUGAUGAACUUAUUAUUGUUGGAUAAUUUAAAUAGACAUGUAUAUAUAAAUAAUAUAUUGCAUAGAUUAAAACAGUUGAUAAAAAAAGAAUGAAGUUAGACCACACUGCAUUGAUUUCAGUUCUGAUACAAAAGUAUAUGGUUUUUCACAUGUUAUAUCUGAUUGAAAUGCCAAAUUGUAAAUUGAUCUAUGUUGUGUUUCUGAAUGUAAUUAUUAUGUAAAUUUUAACAACAUACUGUAUAUAUGAUCCUGUAUACAUAUUAAAAUUAUAAUCAA